GUGAAAACGUAUGCGCCCUUUUUACGCUUUCCUCGCUUACACCUUCGUCACAAACGAAACAGAGGAAAAGGAAGAGUAGAAAUCCAAAUCCAUCUUCCCCUGAUCCCCAGUUCCCUGCUCCCCAGGUUCCAUCGGCCCCCAAUUCUUCCGCUCCACCAAAUCUGUAGCCGAGCCGCUUGCUUCGCAGCAGGAUCGAGCGGGUUGCGCGGGGCAGCCAGGCGGCUGGCGCACAGGCGAAGGGGUGCGGCGGCGCGUGACGGGCGGCGAGUCGGCGUCGAGAGGAAACCCUAACUCUUGGGGUCGGGGCUGCCGGCGGCGGCUGAGCCACUCCCGAGUCGAUUCGCCUCCAUGCCUUCCAAUCCUCCCCCUCCGCCGCCUCCUGGGUCGUCGGCUCCGGCUCCGGCGGGGGGCAGCUACUUCCCGCUCCCUUUCCACCUGCAGCAGCACCAGCCGCAGCCGCAGAUGCCACCCCCGCCGAUGCCGGCCAACAGCUACCAGCAGUACCAGCAGCAGCUGCACCAGGCGCACCAGCUCUUCCAGCGGGACGCGCAGACUAUCACCCCCGAGGCGCUGCAGAGCGUCAAGGCCGCCCUCGCCACCAGCGACGUCCUCGACCCCACCGCCGCCGCCAGCGCCAGGCCCUCCGACCCCUCCACCAGCAAGAAGCCCAUCCCGCGCCGCGCCGCCGGACAGUCCUGGGAGGAUCCCACCCUCACCGAGUGGCCCGAAAAUGAUUAUAGACUGUUCUGUGGAGAUCUAGGAAACGAAGUUAAUGACGAUGUUCUCUCCAAAGCAUUCUCACGGUUCCCCUCCUUCAACAUGGCAAGGGUUGUUAGAGAUAAGAGGACUGGCAAAACUAAAGGUUAUGGAUUUGUGAGCUUUUCAAACCCUACUGAUCUGGCUGCAGCAAUAAAAGAAAUGAACGGAAAGUAUGUUGGGAACCGCCCUAUUAAAUUGCGUAAAAGUAACUGGAAGGAGAGGACAGAUGUUGAGGCUCUGGAAAGGCAAAAGAAUCAUGUCCAGAGGAAGCCUAAAAUGCACAAGAAGGGUAUUCUUCACAAGUGAAGCUAUACAGGCCAUACCGAUUAUGGUCCAUGCAGAUGUGCUGCUCCCUUGGAUGGAUGACGCAACUUCAGGAAGCUCUUCUCUUACUUCACUAGUCGAGAGUCGAGAUGAAAGGAUGUUUACUUGGGUCAAGUGAAUGCUUGUAAACUUGAAACGUAGCAUCAACUUCUAUUUGAUACAAGUUGUGCUCCAUUUUUCUGUUUCUUUUUGCUUAACAAUUGUACGUUGAUGUUGCAUUCUGGAAACAAUAUGAUGACUUAUAGUAGCUAGUGAGGGGCGUUGUGCUGCAGCCAAAUGGACCUUCUGCUUUAGGUUUCCGCAAGGAAUAGCAUCACGUGCUGAACUAUUUAUUUUUAUUUUCCUUA